AUGGGGGGAGGAGAUCGGCCAUCUGCAUCGCUCCUGCUCUUCUCGCUGGGGCUUGUGCUCCUCUACUUCACCUCAGGCAGCACCGUUGGUCUCGUGGAGGGACAGAAAACCUGGUGCAUCGCCAAGCCGUCGGCGUCGAACGAGAUCCUGGCGCAGAACCUGGUCUACGCGUGCUCCCAGGUGAGCUGCGCCGUGAUCCACAAAGGCGGGCCGUGCUACUACCCGGACAGCCUCGUGUCCCGCGCCGCCGUCGCCAUGAACCUCUACUACGCCUACAGCGGCAGGCACCCCUGGAACUGCUACUUCAACAACUCCGCGCUCGUCGUGCAGUCCGAUCCAAGUACCACACCCUCAAUCCCAUUGCUGCCCCCAGUCUUCUCUGCGCUCUCAAAUCCUUCAUUCAUUCAUGUGCCAUCUGAUCGAAUGUCGCUCGCUCGUUUUGCAGGUUAUGGUUCGUGCACGUACUACUGA